UCAAAAUCCAAAAGUCUCGAGGGUUUUCAGGCGACUUAAUAAAGUUAGUGUCCUUUCUUUUCAUUAUCUGCGUCAUCCAUCAAGUCCAAACGACAGAACAGAAGAAAGAAAGAGCGAGAUAAAAAGAAACCCUAGCUAGCUCUGAAGAUGUCUGACCCCUCUGGGAUUUCUCCUGAUGAAACCAAAGAGCAAAAACCCACCAUUAAUCUGAAGGUUAAGAUUAACAAGGAUGGAAGUGAAGUGUUUUUCAGGAUUAAACCAACUACAAAGCUAAGCAAAGUCAUUGAUGCAUUGUGCACAAAACGUUCCUUGGAUCGCAAUUCCUUAGUGUUCAUCUUCGAUGGUGAUCACAUUAAUGGCAAGAAGACUGCUGCGGAGCAUCAUAUGGAAGAUGGUGAUGAAAUCGAUGUCUAUCUUCUCACUGAUGGAGGUUCAGCGACAUUCAAGCUUGUCAUGAUGAACUGAAUUAGAGUUGACGUAUUUCAUCAGAAAACAUCUGUGGUUGUUAGCAGUCAACUUAUUCGGCUCGUAUGUGAAGAUAUGUGUUUGGUUUAUGUUGUCUGUGCGAUUGUGUUGGUGAUGUUGAUCUUUUCUUAGAGAAGCAAUACCUAGAGGCCAGAGUUUUAGUUCCAUUUAAUUGAAAAUAAAUUUACUUACUUUGUGGCUUGCAUAAA